AUGAAUCGCGUCGCUGCUGAUAAAAACGGUGACAAAAUGGUGCACACUUUAGAGCGUAUAGGUGAUAUUGAAUGGGGAGUUGGAGAAUUAGAAUGGGAGGCGUGGAUGCGUCAAUUGGAUGGAGCUGGUUACAAAACUGGACAUAAAUACAAAAUACCACAACUUAUGGAAGUUAUAAAUAAAGUUGGAAAAUGA